AUGACAUCUAUUCAUUCUUUGUUAAAAGUAUCAUUCCCAAAACAAAUUUCUUUAUUACAUUUUUCCGCAAGAAAACAUGCCUAUCCGGUACUCUACUUGAACCAAAAAGCGUAUAAUUCUUACACUUCUGGUGGUAAUGGAGAUUAUUCACUAUUUAAUUUCAGUACAGACUCUCGACGUCCAAGAUUACCACGAAAUACAGUUAGUAACACUUAUAAACAAGAGGCAUGGAUUGUAGAACGUUUUGGAAAAUUUGAUAGACUUUUGGAACCAGGUCUCGCGUUUGUAAUUCCUUUUCUUGAGCGGAUCCGAUAUGUUAAGGGAUUAAAAGAAAUUUGUUUAAAUAUUCCUGCUCAAAGUGCUAUUACGCAAGAUAAUGUUACUCUUGAAUUGGAUGGUGUUUUAUAUAUCAAAGUAAUAGAUCCUUACAAGGCAUCAUAUGGUGUUGAGGAUGCAGAAUAUGCAGUUGCACAAUUAGCACAGACCACCAUGCGUGCUGAAAUUGGCCAAAUGACAUUGGAUAGGACUUUAGCGGAACGUGCUCAUUUAAACGCAAAUAUAGUAGACUCGAUUAAUAGCGCCGCGGAUGCAUGGGGCAUUCGUUGUUUAAGAUACGAAAUUCGUGAUAUUCAUCCACCUUCGAAAGUAGUUGAAUCUAUGCAUUCACAGGUAUCCGCUGAACGAUCAAAAAGAGCUUCGAUCCUUGAAUCCGAAGGUGCGAGGCAAGCCGCAAUAAAUGUUGCUGAGGGAACAAAGCAAUCUGUUAUAUUAGCUUCAGAGGCCGAGAUGUCUGAACAAAUAAAUAAAGCAUCUGCUAAAGCUAUUCUUCUUCGUGCAGAAGCUACUUCUGAAGGUAUCAGACGAAUUGCCAGCGCUAUUAAAGAAAGUCCUCGCGGAACAGAUGCAGUAGCGCUUACGGUUGCGGAAAAAUAUGUGGAAGCUUUUGGACAACUUGCAAAACAGGGAAAUACUAUUAUUGUUCCAGCUAAUUCUAAUGACGCCGGGUCAAUGAUCGCUCAGGUUUGA